AUGAUCUCGGAUGGGGCCCGUGUCUUCAGGAACACUCAGAAGCGGACGGGAGGAGGGCGGCGGCCGUGGUCCCCGCCGCGGCGGAGCGCACACCCGCAAGGGCACAGGCUCUUCCUCGCGUUCCUGUUCGCGUCUCGUUUGCACCGCAGCCCCUCCCCUCUGAAAGGCCCCAGCCCCCCUCUCGGGCGCUCCCCGCCGAGCACCUGCUCCGGUCCUGGCCAGCCUCGGAGGCGUGCCAGCUCGUCCCGCCACGCUGGGGCCCCCCGGCCGCCGCCCUCGGUCCCUUCCGUCCCCGCCGUCCCUCCCGGGAGCCCGACACCCGCGCCGCCUGCUGGCUGCCGGGAGGGCAGAGGGGUUCCGCGCCGCCUUCCCUGGGACGUGGAGUUUUGGAAAAUGUUCCCCGAGCUUCCUGAGGCUAAAUUUAUCUCCCCCGGCCGAGGCCCCCGCAGGCUCCACACCUGCCCUCCAGACCCCAGUGCAAGUCCGGGCCUGGUGGCCGGGCAGAGUUGGCAGCGGGCCCCUGGGGCCUGGCCGGGGCUUGGCGGGAGCGGGCACAGGACCCAGGCAGGGUUUCCCAGCCCGCAGGCUGUGGUUUGGCGCGCCCUCACCAACCAGACUCUGCCCGGCGGGGCCGAGAAGAAAACCCGGAGCCCUGACCCGCCGCGGGGCCCAAGGGGGACAGGGACGACAGGAAAACCCGGAGCGGAUUCGGCGAGCGGGAGCGCCCCGGGCUUGCUGGUGCCCCCUCCCUCCUACAGCCCCUCUAAUUCUCCAGUUGAGCUGGUGUCCCGCGGAGCCACCUGCUGGAAAGGGAAGGAGGCCCCCUGCGGAGGGGGCUGGGGAGGAGAAAUCGAGCCGGACCCGGUUCGGCCCGGCCGGCCUCGGGGAGCGGAACCUGGCCCGCGGUUUCAGGCCAGCCCCUCGGCUCCGCCCCCUCCCUGGCGGAACGCGAGGCAGGACCCGCUUGAAAUGGGCGGUUCCGGCCCGCGGACCCAAAGGCGGAGAGUAGUGGGGCUCGGCGGCGACCUCCGAGCGACACAGAUCGACCCCUCCGCCCCAGUCCCUUCCUUCGGGCGCAGGUCCCGUCGCCACCCUCCCCGGGCCGGCUCGUGCCCCCAGAACCCGAGAGCGGGGGUGGAUGACCGGGAGGAGUUCUACCCCCACGCGUCUCCCCCGCCGGCGCCCGCGCACCUGCCCCUCCACAGAGUGGGGGGCGCUACUGUGUAG